AUGUGGCCAGUCGGCUCUCGGAGCUUUAUUCCAGCCCUGCUUUGGCUCUGCACCUGGACGCUGGUAACCGGGGACCCAGGCACCUGCCCAGAGGUGAAGGUGGUGGGGCUCUCCGGCGCUGAGAAACUCACCAUAUUACAGGGGUGCCCCGGGACGCCAGGCGCAGCAGGAAGCCCUGGAGAAAAGGGGGCACCCGGUCAACCUGGCCUGAGAGGGGCCGGGGGACCGCCCGGGAAAGAGGGACCGAAGGGGGAACGAGGAGACCACCCAGACCCUUCCUUCCUCUGCCAGAACGGGCCAAAGAGCUGCAAGGAGCUUUUGAGCAAAGGGGAGUUCCUGAGCGGCUGGCACACCAUCUACCUGCCGGACUGCCGGCCGCUGAGGGUCUUCUGCGACAUGGACACGGACGGCGGAGGCUGGCUGGUGUUCCAGAAACGCAUGGACGGCUCGGUGGAUUUCUACCGCACCUGGAGCGCCUACAAGAAGGGCUUCGGGAACCAGCUCUCUGAGUUCUGGUUGGGCAAUGAGAACCUCCACCUGCUCACCCAGGACGGCGAGUUCCAGCUCCGCGUGGACCUGGUGAAUUUUAAUGACAGCAGCUCCUUUGCCAGCUACCGGUCCUUCAAACUCAAGGGGGAAGAGGACAAGUACGAGCUUGUUCUGGGGACGUUCCUCGGUGGCUCUGCAGGUGACUCCCUGGGCCUCCACAACGGGAAGCCUUUCUCCACCUACGACCGCGACAACGACAGCGGGACGCAGAACUGCGCCGUCUCUGUGCAUGGCGCCUGGUGGUACACCGACUGCUACCGCGCCAACCUGAACGGGGGCUACGCGGUGGGGGAGCAGAAGCAGCAGAGAUACGGCAUUGACUGGGUCUCUGGCCAGGGCGUUGGCAACCCCUACAAACGCACGGAAAUGAAGCUCCGCUAG